GGAUCUUGUAGAGGAAACAAACUAAGAAACCUAAUAAACACACGCAAUAUAUUUUGUCCUUUAAAGAGACUUGGAUGGCAAGGAACAGGAAGGAUAAAGAUGGAGGAUUCGGCACGGAUGGUUUGGUUGCUGUGGCGAUAGACAAAGACAAGAGCAGCCAAAAUUCUCUGAAAUGGGCUGUUGAUAAUUUGUUACAGAAAGGCCAAACCAUCCUUCUCGUACAUGUCAAGCCUCGUGCUUCCUCCGUCUCAACAAACCCUUCUACUAACCCAAACUCUUCUAAGACGAGCCAAACAAAUGGUGAUUCUUCAGUGGUGACUGUAGAACCAGACGGCUCUUACAAACAGUUGUUCCUUCCCUUUCGUUGCCUUUGUUCACGCAAAGAAAUUCAAUGCAAAGAUGUGUUGUUGGAGGAUUCAGAUGUGGGGAAAGCUUUAGUUGAAUAUGCAAAUCAGGUCAUCAUUGAGGUGUUGGUGGUUGGUGCUUCCUCAAAAGGAGGCUUUCUCAGGUGUGUUUUUGUCUCUCUCUCUUUCCGGUUUGGCUGUGGAUCAGAUGUUAACAUUUGGGUAAUAAAACUCUGCAGGUUUAACAAACCUACAGACAUUCCAGUAAUCAUUACAAAGAAUGCACCAGAUUUCUGCACUGUUUAUGUCAUAACCAAAGGAAAGCUUUCAACAAAGAGAGCAGCCUCUCGUACUGCGCCUUCUGUUUCUCCAUUGCGCAUUGAGAUUCAACAGAAUAGCUCAAGGCCACAAUAUCCACGUUUGCCUUCUCCUGCAACUACUAACACAAGAGCAGCUGAGAGAAAAUCAUUUGAGUCUCAGCGCAGGUCCCUUGACGACCAAUCUGAGUCCUCCAGGCCACCUUUCACUAGAAGAGGCCUGAAUGGGAGAUCAUCAUACGGAGAUCUAUCGAUUCCAGAUCCUGACAUAUCCUUGUUCAGCUCCGGAAGACCAAGUACUGAGCGUCACUCCCUUUCCUUGUUUGACAAUUCUGACCAAAAUCGGACUCCUCCUCCAAGGCUAUCAAAUUUCUCCGACAUUGACAAUGGUAGCUUCGAGUCGAUGAACUACGGACAGGGGUCAAUGGAUAUAAGCUCACCACCUGCUUCCUCAAGAGACUCAUUUGAGAACGAAAGGUUUUCAUCUGCUUCACCAGGAGGGGAGGAUGUGGAGGCUGAGAUGAGGAGGCUUAAACUGGAGUUGAAACAAACGAUGGAAAUGUACAGUUCAGCUUGCAAGGAAGCGCUCACAUCAAAACGGAAGGCAACGGAGCUUCAACGCUGGAAGUUAGAAGAAGAGCGGAAGUACGAAGAGGCAAAGCAAGCAGAGGAAGCUGCGUUAGCCAUUGCAGAGAAGGAGAAAGCAAAAUCCAAAGCGGCACUGGAAGCAGCUGAAGCAGCUCAAAGGAUCGCUGAAAUGGAGUCCAAAAAGAGAAUCAGUGCGGAGAUGAAAGCUCUCAAGGAGACUGAGGAGAAAAAGAAAGCGGUGAAUGCUUUAGCGAAUGCAGAUGUCAGAUACAGGAAGUACUCCAUCGAGGAGAUUGAGGAUGCAACAGAGUACUUUGAUGAGAAGUACAAGAUAGGAGGAGGAGGUUAUGGACCUGUCUACAAGUGUUAUCUGGAUCAGACACCUGUGGCUGUGAAAGCUUUGCACACAGAUGCAGCUCAAGGCAGGUCACAGUUUAAGCAAGAGGUUGAAGUGUUAAGCUGCAUGAGGCACCCUCAUAUGGUUCUUCUGCUUGGAGCCUGCCCAGAAGGUGGGUGCUUAGUGUAUGAGUUCAUGUCCAAUGGGAGCUUAGAAGACCGUCUUUUCCAACAAGGAGACAGCCCACCCCUCUCUUGGCAAACGAGGUUCAGAAUCGCUGCAGAGAUCGGCACUGUGCUGUUGUACCUCCACCAGACUAAACCAGAACCACUUGUUCACCGUGAUCUCAAGCCGGCAAACAUCUUGCUAGACCGCAACUUUGUCAGCAAGGUUGCUGAUGUUGGCCUGGCUAGGCUUGUCCCUCCAUCGGUUGCAAACACUGUGACACAAUACCGCAUGACAUCAACUGCUGGCACGUUCUGCUACAUUGAUCCAGAGUAUCAGCAGACUGGUAUGCUGGGUGUGAAAUCUGACAUUUAUUCACUCGGCAUUAUGUAUCUGCAGAUGAUAACAGGAAAGCCACCAAUGGGUCUAACUCGUUACAUUGAGAGUGCCCUGGAGAAGGGGAAUUUGAAAGAUGUGCUUGAUCCAUCUGUUUCUGAUUGGCCUGUUGAAGAUACCACAGAGUUUGCCAAGUUGGCUCUCAAAUGUGCAGAGAUAAGGCGAAAAGAUAGACCUGAUCUUUCCAAAGUUAUAUUGCCAGAGCUCAACAGACUAAGAGCACUUGCUGAAGAAUCAAGUCGGUCUGCGGUAGUCAUCAACAGUCCCGGACCAAGCCCCACCGUUAGUCAAACUUCUUCCCCCAAGUUGAACAGAUGAAUGAUAUUUCCAUGACAGUGAUUCAGUGACCUCUGAGGUCUCAAGUUUUGUUGUGAUGAACAUAUAGAUCUGCACAGAAAUCAACAAUCCAUGUUUCACCAGAAGUUACAUUUUGUAUAUACUCAUGAAACGAGCAAUUGAAUUUGCAUGCUCAAUGUAUAUUGCCGCAGAGUGUCUUUCCCAUAUAGAAAAUGUUCAAAUUGUAUAUAUGAUUCUAGUUAACUUACCAUCUAGUU